CUGGUCAGAGUUGGAGAUGACCGUUUCGUUGAUGCUGUCGUUCUCCUGAAGCAGGGCAUCAAGUACAUCGAAGAUAAGCGUAUCAAAAUCGGAGUACAACAGGUACUAGCCAGCAGCGCUGUCAAAGGCAGGAUCAAGAGUACAACCCCGAUAGAUAUGGGACUUGGCUCCGAAAUUAUUGGCAAGAGCUUGGGGCGACUUCCUUACAUUACUAGGAAGGGUCAUUUGGUCCUUGGCUCGGAGCACUUCAAGCGAGGCGACGUCGUUGCAUUGAUUAGGGGGUCCCAGGUCCCGUUUGUUCUUCGUCGUCAAGACCAAAUAAGUGGGCGGUAUCAGGUCGUUGGCGAGGCCUACGUUGAUGGUAUAAUGGACGGAGAGGCGGCGCGCGAUCCUAAAUGGAGC